UCGUACAGAAAGAAGGGAUAUCUUUCACCAUCGAUGCAGAGAUGCCAGACGGUUCAGCCAUCAAAUCCAUUCAGUCUCCGUCUCAUCCUCUUUCGGUUGAGAUUGGCACCACUUCUACAACGAAGUCCCUGGACCCCUCCCUCCAGAGAGCCUCUGCUACCCUCCAACAGGGCACUACUCAUUUGGAACAAGACUUUGUUGUCCAAGUAGUCGCCACAAAGCUAGGUGAACCAUCGGCUAUCCUGGAAACUCACCCCACCAUCCCGAACCAACGUGCCAUCAUGACUACGCUUGUCCCCAAGUUCAAACUACCCGCCGAAAAGCCCGAGAUUGUUUUUAUCUGCGACAGAAGUGGAAGUAUGGGUGGUCAGAUACCUGGCCUCAAAACCGCUCUCCAGAUCUUUCUCAAGUCUCUUCCCGUUGGCGUCAAGUUCAACAUUUGCAGUUUCGGCUCUCACUUCAGCUUCCUCUGGGACCGGUCACAGUCCUACAACCAAGAGACACUAGACAAGGCUGUCCAGCACGUCGAGACUUUUGACAGCGACUAUGGCGGCACUGAGAUGUACCAACCUUUCGAGGCUACUUUCCAGAAGCGCUACAAGGACAUGAACCUCGAAGUCUUCCUGCUCACAGAUGGUGAGAUCUGGGACCAAGAUCGUCUUUUCCAGCUUAUCAACAAGGAAGUGGCUGAUAGUAGGGGUACUGCGCGAGUCUUUUCCCUUGGUAUCGGAGCAGGCGCCAGUACCUCUCUGAUUGAGGGCAUUGCCCGAGCUGGCAACGGCUUUGCUCAAACGGUUGCCGAUGACGAGAAGAUGGACAAGAAGGUAGUUCGCAUGCUUCGAGGAGCUUUGUUUCCCCAUAUUUCCGACUAUUCUCUAGAAAUCAAGUAUGAUAAAGCAGAUUCUUCGACCGAAGAUGACUUUGAGUUGAUUGAGAAGGUCGUUGACGCGUUGAAGAUUGAUACUGCCGAGGAUGAAAAAAAGACCAAGGAAGUUGAGGCACCAAAAAAGCCGAUCUCUUUGUUCGACACAACUGCGAACGAUGAUGACGAUACUGAGAUGACUGAAGCGCCGCAGGUUGAGAACAAGUUCGACCAUCUUCCUGAUGUUUCUCUUCCUCGCUAUCUCCAGACACCUGGCACCAUUCCUCCUCUCUUCCCUUUCAACCGCACCACUGUGUAUGUCCUUCUCUCCCAGGACACUCCCUCACAGCAACCCAAAUCUGUCAUCCUUAGAGGCACCUCAAGCCAUGGCCCUCUCGAACUCGAGAUCCCCAUCACGGUAGCUACCGAGAAAGACUCUGUCAUUCAUCGUCUCGCAGCACGGAAGGAAGUCAAGGAACUUGAGGAAGGUCGUGGAUGGCUCAACCAUGCCAAGGACUCCGACGGCAAACUCCUCAGGGAGAAGUACGAUGGCCACUUCUCAGACAUGGCCGAGCGUGAGGCUGUGCGUCUUGGUGUCAAAUAUCAAGUUGGAGGCAAGUGGUGCUCGUUCGUCGCUGUUGAGGAUAACGGAAGCGAAGUAGAGCGGAGAGAGGUCCAAGGGGCUGAACCUGAUGAGCCUCGACAACAUACUAUGCCACAAAUGAUGGCUGCUCGCUUCGGUGCAACGAGCAGCAGCGGACCUUCUUCCGUACUUUUCUCCCGUGCUCGCUCAUCAAACCAGCCAGCUGCCAGGAGUAGCGCACUCUUUGGAAGCUCUAGCAAUGCAGCAUUCGGAAGUACAGCUGAAACUCGUAACCGAGACCUUUCUUCAGCGGCUCGAGGUGGUGGCCUCUUCGGAAGUUCUGGGUCUUCCAACACUGGUGGAGGACUGUUCGGCAACUCGAACGCCCAAGCCCACAGUUUCGCCCCAUCCUAUAGUGGAUCAUCCGGUGGUCUUUUCGGAGCCGCGCCAGGAGGAUCAUUUGGCACAAGUGGAGGUCUGUUCGGCAGUGUGCCUCCGCCUCCUCCUUCUGCACCCGCUCCACCAACCGUUCAAGCCCCAGCGCUUGCGCCCCCCGCGGCUGCGGUUGAUGAAGAUCUCCUCUCUGAGUAUCAACAAGAGAUGGCUGAGGCUGCGGCUAUGCCGCUCGAGGAUGAACUAGAAGCGGAAGAGUCUGGUGAAGACGUGGGAUUUGCAUUGUUCGACGACGGACCUCCUGCUCCUGCGCCAGCUGCUUCCUCUGCUUUCUUUGCCAUGCCUGCAUCCUCUAUUACCGCAGCUCCCAAGAAAAAAGCCAUCAGCGACAUGGAGCCACUCCAAGCUUUGACUACCCUCCAAACUUUCGCAGGUAGCUGGUCAUGGAGUUCCGAUCUCGAGCGUGUUCUCGGCGUAACCUCUGACCAGGUUUCCAAGUUGGCACUCCCGUCUUCAGUCAAGGACCAUUCGGAAAAGGACGAUGUUCUUGCUACAGCCUGUGCCGUGUUGUUCUUCAAGAACAAGCUGCAGGAGGAAAUGGAUACUUGGGAAAUGUUGGUUGAGAAGGCAGAGGGAUGGUUGGAGGAAAGCAUUGGGAAGGAUGGUGUUUCUGAACUAUUCAGUGUGCUCGAGAAGUUGUUUUAGAUAGUUUCUUCACGGCCUUAUCUUAGGUGAAGUGUCCCGUGGAGUUAGUUAGUAUGAAAUCACUAUCUU